AUGUGGACUGCCAGCGGCCCGUUGGCGCUGCACGCGCUGCACGCGCUGCACGCGCUGCACGCGCUGCACGCGCUGCACGCGCUGCACCUUACCGUGGGUUUCGCGGAGGCGGACGUGGGGGUUCAUGUGCGCUCUAUUGAAUCGGAUUUUCCCGAGACCAAAACAAACAGAAGCUUCUGGAGCGGUUGCGAGUUCACAGGCGCCGCAGUCAGGUUGGAAUGCAGUGCCGAGCCCAGCCCCAACUUUCAGCCGCUCCCGCAGCCCUUCACCUUUCGCAUUGACUGCAGAGGGGCGAAGGGAAACUUCCAAAAUCUGACGCUGUAUAGUCCUGACAAAGCCUGUGCCCGACUGGCCUAUAAGAAGUACUACAAGAAGAAUGGAAACAGCUCAGGCCAUUUGCCGAUCCCAACAACUCCUUGGCUGCCCUUGAUUUCUGAUCAUAUUGUGACCUUAGAGAAGGAUGAUGUGAUGGACCUCCAGUGUGUGCUCCUGCCCUUUGACGUCCCCUUUUGGCAUUGGUUGAAGAGUCCAAACACACGCACGCAUAAUUUUGGUGUAAACCUCCGUUUAAUUUUGGAUGGCCUGAUCCAGUCCAAGACAGAACAAAUUUUCAUCGACUUCUUCCUCUCUUCCCCUUUCAGCAUGCUUCCAUCUUGUGCCGCAGCCGUGGAGAAGACCUUUGAGUGGACGAUGGAGUUGUGGGAAUCCAUCAAUUAUACCCAUUUUCUCCGCCUCAAAAGCCCCACCUCGGGGCUCCUUGAACCUCCCAAGCUGGAUCUGGAGACGCAGCAGGGGGAAAUUUUUCAGGUGGACAAAGACUUCUUGAAGGUAAGUGUAUUGGAAACUACCAGUGAUUGGCUAUUUCGUCAGCCUUCUGCGGGGUUGGUGAAGCUUGAUGAAACUUUCUACAGCUCUUCCAUUGGUCCCAAUGGGACCUUUGCGGUGGACUUGAAGCUGGAAGUGAACCCUGAUGCACUUCCCCUAGAUGCAGAAAAUGUUAAUGUGACACUGCAAGUGAAGUUUCCCCAGAAAAGGAGCCCAACGGUGUUUUCCGUGAUAGUUCCUAUGAACAACACAGGAGUACCAGCUGAGGGCGAAUCUUUUCCCAUGUUGGUGAUUUGGUUCAUUGUGUUCUUGAUGCUGAUCUUUCUGGUGGCCGCCGUGGGCUAUGUCUACCGGGAUGAAGUGGCACAAAGUUUCUUCUUCCCAACGGUCCCAACGUCCAGUGAAAGGAACCGUGUGGUCUUGUUCUACGAAUCCAACCUGCAGGAGAUGCAGGAGCUGAAGGAUGCCAUGAGCGAAUUGGGCGCCAAGUUGGUUCAGGGCUCGGGGCUGGUCACUGCUGCUGCGGUGAAUUGUGGGAAGUCCGAAGGUAUCUGCCAGAAGCAAGGAAUCAAGAAACUGCCCGAAGUCGUGUACUACGGACCUGAAGGAAUGCAGCCCAACAGGAAGACCCCCCAGCCCCCA